AACCUACUAAUACUACCCUUGCUGUUACUGUUGAAAGUCUUCCUCCAAUGACAGUAAAUUUCUCAUCAGCUGGUUCAGUUGAAGUUGGUCAGAGUCUAACUAUAACAUGUACCAUAACAACAGUUGAGAGAUUAGUAGUAACACCAAUGGUUACUUUCAUUAAAAUGAAUGAUACAGAUAUGGAAAUGCUCUCUAACUUAAAUAGACCAUACAGUAUCACAACAGAUGAUACCAGUUCAGUUACUAACUAUACUCUAAUACUGGAUCCAGUGAGGUUUGAAGAUGCUGGAAUGUAUACUUGUAUGGCUGAGUUUAAUGUAACUGGUGUGAAUGAUACCAAUGACCCUAGCACUGCUACUUACGAUUAUCGAGAGGAUAGUGAUAUUUUUAAUUUGACUGUUGACUUUCCACCAGUGAUUGUUACUAUAUCAAAGGAACGUGAUGAUACAUUAUAUGCAGGGACACCAUUCUUCAUUAAAUGUGACAUAAUGUUAGAUGCAUUAGUUACUAUACCAGUGACUGUCACUAAUCAAUGGACACGUGAUGGUACUAAUGUUCCUAUGGAUUCAUCUGAUGCUACCAUUACUGAGGAUCUCAAUAUGAUCAAUACAUUAUAUCAUAAUGCAACAUUAAUGUUCUAUCCAUUGGAUAAUGCUGAUGAUAGUGGAAUGUAUACUUGUAAUGUUGAAGUGACUGCUCCUAAUAGUUACAUGUAUCUCAGGAAUACAUCAGCUAGUGCUAACACUUCCAUUACAGUUAUGGCUACUCCAGAGCCAGUGGUAGAGAUAGUAACUAUGGGUAUGGCUGAACCUGGUGAAGAAUACAUGUUAAAUUGUACAGUGACAGUCGUUAAUAGACUCAUAGUCUCACCAGUGAUAACAUGGACUAAGAGAUCAGCUAACAAUGUUAUUAGUGUACCUCCAGUUCUUAUGACUGUAUCUAAUGUAAUGAGAUCGCUUUAUUUGAGAUUCUCUUCUCUCAAUACUUCUGAUGCUGGUCUGUAUACUUGUGAAGCCUCCAUUAAUGUUACUGAGAUAUCAAUGGUAGCAAGGAAUAAUGACACAUCAAACUUACCAUUAGAAAUUCCCAUUCCAUCUGUUGAUGUGAGCCAAUCAAGGGAGAACUAUUUCUUAGCUGGCAGUAACCUGAUACUAACAUGUGAUAUCAGUGUUGAUAUUAAUGUUGAUACACCAUUCGCUGUUAACGUAACCUGGAACAUGACUGAUCAACAGAUCAUGAGUAGCGGUGAUUUCGGAGAUGAGAGUGCCCCUAAUUCAAUGAGGCUUGCUGAUACAGAUCGUGUUAAUAUCAGCCCCGUUAUGACGAGAUCAGGUUUCAAUGAGUAUAGAUCAACUGUUAAUUUCACUACAUUGAGCAGUAUUGAGGAUUCAGGAACAUAUACAUGUAUUGUUACUAUAGUACCAGCUCCAGCUUAUGAAUAUGUAAUGACUUCUGAUACUAAUUAUAUGAAUGUUAACUUCACUGUUACUGAUCCGAUGAUUAGAAAUUUCUCUGCUUCUCCCGAUUCAUUCCUCGGUCUGGAGACAUCAUGUUCUGACUCGUAUCGUUACGAUAACUUCACUCUUACCUGUACAGCCACUAAACCAACCAUAGUAAUACCAGACCUGGUAAUAGCAUGGACACUUAAUGGUACAAUAGAAACUGGUACUGUGACUACUACUAGAGAGGAUACUAUGACUACCACUGUUACUAAUAUAUUGAAUUUCACCACCAGUACUGCUUCUGAUUCUGGUACUUAUAGAUGUACUGCUAGUAUUACUAUACCUAAUUCACCCGAUAUCACUACUAGUGAGGAAAGUACUGUGACUAUAAGACCUCAAAGUUUACCUGUUGCUGCUACUAAUGUCAUGGCUACUGUAGGAGAUGCUGCUAGUGCUACUACUGCUGCUAUAUCAUUUACAAUACCUAACAUUGCCUAUACACCUGAAACCUACGGUGUUAAGUAUACUGGAGCAAUCUUACAAACAGCAGAACAAACUUCUAUGAUAAGAAUGAGCUCUGAUGACAUCACUGCAAUUGACCAAGAAUUUACAAUCAUGUUGACUGGCCUUGAGGAAGAUAACACUUAUACAUAUACAGUUGAUUCUACCAACUGUCGUGGUACUACUAGUACUGCAGAGAUGAUUUCCAGUCCUCCUCUAUUGGUGACAAGGGAUAUUACUAUAUCUGGUACAAUAUUCACUACAUUACCCUCAGUGGAUAAUCACACCAUUAAUGUGACAUGGUCUCCUCCUACUACACCAAAUGGACGCAUUAUGACCUAUGUCAUUGAAGUUGAUGGAUAUAUUACUAGAAAUAGAUUGAUAAGACGUACAAUUACUGAUGUUGACAGAGACUCUUUUACAGUACUGAUUACUGAUAAUGCAUUAACUCCUGGUGUACCAUAUAGUGUCACUCUGGUUGCUUAUAAUGAGUUUGGUAGAGGAAUGCCAGUUAGAGUUAUUGUCUUUACUAGAGUUUUGACUCCUAGUGUCUCUCCUAGUAAUGUCCAAGCUGUGAGAUCUGAUGACGGUACUAAUAUGACUAUUACUUGGGAUGCUGUGUCUCUUACACAAGCCCGUGGUUUCUUUGAAUACACAAUAAGACUGAGAAGAUCCAGCAGAAAGAGACAGGCAGGAGAUUUAGUAUAUAGAGUCCCUUCUACUGAGACCAGUUAUACUGCUACUGAUCUUGAUGAUCAAGCUACUUAUUCUGUAUCAAUGGGUCUGUCUGUUGAUGAUGGUUCAGGCCAGGGACCUAUUGCUGGACCUACUAGUCCACCCAUUGAGAUAUCCUCGCCAGCUUCUACUGCUCCACCAACUACAAGUUCUAACAUCAAUACCAUUAUUGGUAUUGUUGUUGGUGUAGUCCUAGCUCUACUCCUGAUUGUAUUAAUUGUUGUCAUUAUAAUAUUCAUUGUUCGUCGAGGCAAGCAAGCCGAUAAAUUCAAUAUUAGCGGCAAAUCAAAGAAGAAAGAUUUAUUUGAGUUGCUCGAGUCUAACCCACUGACGCCAACGAACACUACUUCAUUCAGACAGUUGGAUGAUGGACCUGAUGCUAAUGGAGCCUCAGCCCCAGUGGUAACAGGAGCUGAUGGACAGGAGGAUGAUGAUGUUAAGGAGAAGCCUGAUGAUCGUCUUGAUGAGGAAAUGAUUCUUGAGAGAAUGAAACCAAUUGCUGUUGCCAGUUUCCACGAACACGUUCAAGAGAUGCACGUUGACUCUGACAAAGGAUUUGAAAUGGAGUACAAGUCUGUUCCAAUGCAAACUGAGACAAGCUUUGACAUUGGAAGGAACGAGGGAAACAAAACUAAAAAUAGAUUUGCCAACAUCUUCCCAUAUGAUUUCUCACGAGUGAAGCUAACAGAGUUAACUGGUGUUCCUGAUUCUGACUAUAUCAAUGCUUGCUAUAUUGAUGGUUACAAUAGAAAAGACUGUUACAUUGCUGCACAAG